GAAGAGGGACCCACGUGGGGGCGGGGAGGGCGGAGCAGAAGAAUUUCCGCGUCUCCUGGCGGAGGAGGGCGGCAGAGCUCGGACGCCUGGGUUCCCCAGACGGGCGGAGGCGCGGACCUCGGACGGUCAGGUCCCUUCUCCGGACGCGGCGUCUCCGGACGCCCUUUCGAGCGCGAUGUCCGCUUCCUUAGACCUGAAGUCGAAGGAGGAGAAAGACGCCGAGCUGGACAAGCGAAUCGAAGCCCUGCGGCGCAAGAACCAGGCGCUCAUCAAGCGCUACCAGGAGAUAGAAGAAGACCGCAAGAAGGCCGAGCAGGAAGGCAUUGCCGUGACAGGGGUCCAUCGCCACCCCCGCUCUGCGGAGGGGGAGGGCCCAGAGCGCCGACGGGGGGAACUGGAUGCCCCCACCCUGACGGUGCAGGUCUUGCUGUCCCCGGAGGAGAAGCGCCGGGUCAGCAGCGACAGGAAGCCCUUCCGCUCCAGCCCAGCCACCCCCUGGGGCUCCGUCCGAGGCACCCCCUACCCUGGCCCCCGCUCCCCACGAGCUGAGGGACCCCCGGAGCAGCCCCGAUGGGAAGGGGCCGGCCCGGAUGGCCCAGGGGCCAGCAAGCGGGGGAGAGGGCGAGGGGUCCGCGGACAAAGGGAGAGGGGCCGGGGGGGCCCUGCUGGCGACGCCGGGCCUGACCGGAGGUCUAAGGAAUGGGAAGAGCGUCGCCGGCAAAACAUUGAAAAGAUGAACGAGGAAAUGGAGAAGAUUGCAGAGUACGAACGCAGUCAACGGCAGGACGGUGCCCAGGAGAAGAAUCCCGUCCGGAACUUCCUGGAUGACCCUCGGCGCAGUGGCGCCUUUGCCGAGACUGACCGGCGGGAGGGCAGCCGGCGCCACGUCCGCAAUUGGGGGGGCGCUGACUUUGAGAAGGUCAAGACGGGCAUUGAGCAGGGCAAGCAGUGGUCGCCCCCGGGUCGUGGUGGUGCCCGGCGCCGGGGGGUUCCGGUUGCGUCCGAUUUGGACAUGACACUCUCCAUGACGGGCCGGGAGCGUGCCGAGUACGUCCGGUGGAAGCAGGAGCGGGAGCAGAUUGACCAGGAGCGCCUGGCCAGGCACAGGCAGCCCACGGGGGAGUGGCGCCGCGAGUGGGACGCACAGAAGAUGGAGGACGCGUUUAAAGAGGGUGCCAAGCCCAGCGGUCCAGGUGGUGGCAGGCAUGAUGAGCCCAGGCGGCCCCCCAAACCCCCCACUUUCGGGCAGUUCCUGGCUGAACCGCAGCCGGAGCGACGCAGGAAGGGCCGUGGCCGCGGAGCAGGCAGGCGAGGAGGAGGGGGAGCGGGACCCCCCAAGCCCUACAGCAUGCAUGAUGAUCGCUGGGAGGGGCAAGAGGAGGAGCCGGCGGCAGAUCGAGCCCCAGAGCAGGAGGAGGCAGGCAGGGCUGCUGCCCAGCAGGUGGGGCCCCCCACCUCCCCCAGCCCCAGGGAGAAGGAGGAAGAGGAGGAGGAGGAGGAAGACCAGUGGGAGGACGUCAGCGAGGGAGAAGAGGAGGAGGCCGAAGGCAGCGGCAGCCAAGGCCUCUCUGCUGAGGAGCCGGAGGACGGCGAAGGGCCUGGCUUGCCUCCCCGGCCCCCGGGGCGAAAUGGCCAACUCUCUCUGACCAUGCCUGCCCCUGAUGCAGAGACCCCCAGCGCAGAGGGGAAGCCGCUCACCCCCUUCUCGCCGGCCGAGGGCUACUGCCCCGUCUCCGACUGGGGAGAGGAGAUGGAGCUGAGUUCCCCCCAGGCCAACCCCACCCAGAAUCCCCUGGCAGGGAUGAAGGCCUCAGACCCUCCAGCCAAGCAGGGCUCCCCCCAAGCAGAAGGGGCGGCCCCUCCUGGACCCAUAGCGGCCCCCUCAACUGUGGCAAGAGAGGAGAAGGAAGAGGAGGACCCCGAAGUCGUGACCCCCGGAGGAGGAGGAGGAGGAGAGGCUGCCCAGGAGCUUGGAGAGCCAGGCGCUGCUAUGGAUCAGGGUCCGGCAGCUGCGUCCGGCGCGGUGGAGAUCACCGGUUUCCAGCGGGAGCAGACGGAGGAAGCCUGAGGCCCAGGAGGACAUUACCUGUCGCUCUGAUCACCAAGGGGUUGUGGGGCAGAUCCUGAGAGUUUGGAGCCAGAGCAGCUUCCUCCAUGGAGGGGGUGGGAUCUGGAGCCCUCCCCCCCCUCCUGCUUGGACCACUCCCUUGCACAGCCUCCAAUGAGUGGGGGGACGCCAGCCCCUGCCCUUCCCUGCACCAAUCAAUGCCUUUUGCUGCUGUUCACGCAAGUCAACCUGGCAGGCGGGGAAAGUGCCCCCCCUCCACCUGCAUGUGACCCCUGCCAGAUGAGGCAACAUUUUUCAGGGGGAGGAUUUGCUUUGCACCCCUUGCAGUCCCUGUCAUCGUUCCCCCUUCUGUGCAUCGCUCUUUAUGCCAUUUCCAGGAUUGGGGGGCUCUGAGGGUGGGGAGAGCAAGGCCUCCAGUCUGGCACGGGGUAGCAGCGGCAGCAGCAGCUCCUUGUAUAUCAGGAGGGGCUGCCCCCUCUGCUGGAGUGAGGGCUGUCUGUGGGGCUGCCCCAUAUCAUGUGCAAAUGAAAGGGUUUCCUGUCAAUAAAGCCUUUCCUGCGAUUGCCUGCUUUGUCCUCCCUUGCUAGAGUGAAUCUGGGU